AGUACUAUUCAUCGCUAACCGGGAUUUUGGGAUAGGGUUGCCAACGCCUGCGCUUCCAGUGCAUCCGGGCUUACUCCCAAGGCACUAAGUGAGAUCUCACCGCAUUGUAGAGGAGGAGGUACCUGACGGCCACCUGCCUGAAGAGGCUUCGUCUUGUUUUUGGUCCAUCAGCGCCUUCCUCCCUGCUGGCCGGUUGCCUGGUUGCACCUUCAAGUGUUGAUAAACCUCGCAUCAACGUAUCGCCAUAUCAAAACAUCACUGACAAAGGGGGUUUAAGGCGACAGAUUUGCACACUCUUUUCUGGCUUGAGAAUUCUAGAUCAACUGCUUUCUUUCGAGAUCAAGGACCAACAUGAGCAACGUGGACGUCGCCGAGCCUUUGGGUGAGCCCCGCGCUGAUGGCCUCGUACCCCGCCACGCCCGCGAUGCCGCCUUCACCGACGGUAAACUCACCUUCACCACUCAAAGCGGCAGUGAGUCUGCUCGCCCAGAAGAGAUAAUCUUUAUCGUCCCGGCGAACAGCAAUCCGGCCUCGGAUCCCGUCAUCUGCGUCCUCAGAGAAGACACCGAGGCCAAGGAAUCCCCUUAUCAGCUCGACAUUAUCCUGCUCGAGGAGGGCGACCUGCCUGCCGAACUCACCAGCGGCGACCUCCUGCUUCCACACUUCCCGGAGCAUCUCACGCCCAGACCGGAAACUCAUGACGUGCACUUUGUCGUCUCUACCAAGUCCGGGCUGGGUCACGCGCCAAAGUUCUGGGACGGCGUCGUUCAGCCUCUGGUUCUGCUCGCGGGGCAGAAGACGACAUCUGGAGACCUGGCGUCCACUUUUGCUUCGGAGGAGCCAUCAGCCCAAGGCACAACGCGCCUACCGUCCAGCUUCAAUGUCCUGAUAACAGAAGACGCCGACAGCGUCCGCAAAUUCGCAAAGGAGAGGUGGACCGCCAGGCGAGCCGUCUCGAGCUCGGCCUCCUUAACCCGGACAGAGACCAUCGUCCUCUUAAGCGGCGAUGGUGGCGUCGUCGACCUCCUAAACGGGUGCGAGGAAGAGGAGAAGGAAACAUCAUCCCCCGCCACCGCGACUCUGCCGACCCUCGCCCUCCUACCCCUCGGCACGGGCAACGCUUGCUUCCACUCGCUCCACAAACCCCUAUACACCGAGACGGGGCCCUCACACAUGGUGCUCGGCCUCCGCACCCUCUUCUUCGGCACCUCGCGCCCGCUCCCCAGCUUCCGCGCCUCUUUCUCCCCCGGUGCCCGGCUCAUCUCCUACACGGCCGACCCGGGCCCCCACGCGCCGCCGGCCGAGGGCGAGGGUGAUGAGACGACGCUUUCCCGCCACGACACGAGCGUCGAUCGCCUCUUCGGCGCCAUCGUCGCCAGCUACGGUUUCCACGCCCAGCUCGUCUGGGAGAGCGACACGCCCGAGUACCGCAAGUACGGUGACAAGCGCUUCGGCAUGGUGGCGCAGGAGCUGCUCAAGAAAAGCCACGCGUACGUCGCCACAGUCGAGUUGCGGUCCCCCGGAACCAUGGAACGGAGGCGCGUGGAGCGCGAGAGGUUCGGGUACGCUCUCGCAGCCAUGGUAUCGAACCUGGAAAAGACGUUCACGAUCGCGCCGGACAGCGCGCCGUUGCAGGGCAGGCUGAAGCUGGUGCAUUUCGGGGCCGUGGGCGGGGAGAAGACGAUGGAGAUCAUGAUGGCUGCGUAUAAAGACGGGGCGCACGUCGGUAUGAAGUGGACGGAUGCGGAGGGGAGGGAGGACUAUCUCGGGUACGAGGAUGCGGAGGAGAUUCGGGUGACGAUUGGGGAGACGGAUCCGCGGUGGCGGAAGGUGUGUGUUGACGGGACGAUUGUUGAGAUUCCUGAGGGCGGGUGGAUGGCUGUUGAGACGCUGGAGAGGCCGCUUUUUGGGAUUCUUGCUGAUCGGUCGGUGGUGUAGGUUGGUGGAUGAAGGAGGGACACGGAUGAGAGAAUGUUUGAAGAUGUUGGAUGUGUGAUGAAGGAGUGACGGGCAAGAGGUGUCAAUGGUAAUGACUCUACGUUUUCUUACGGACAAUACAAGAUGUGAGAUUGGCUUUAAGCAGUCUUCAAGCCAUCGGAAUAUUGAUUCCUGGCAGUGUUAUUAUAACCAGGAGGUGAGAAUCGUCUGAGUCUUGUCCUCAUGUCGCAAAGACCUCCCUGGUAUGCAAAAGAAAACUAUCUUAUGUCAAUUCAAGGUGUGGCAUGUCGUUGAUCGCCCCCAACAAAGGCCAUUACUAUUUGAAAGAUGUAGUGGAUUAUAGAUGAAACCUCGCCGCGGAGACAGAGAUACACACUGAAUAUCUCACAUAAUGAGCAAAGCCGUCGUUCGGGUAGUGGGAG